AUGAUUGUCCUUCAUGAUGUCAUUGAGUUUGAAAGUACAGACCAUGUCAACUUCUCUCAAAGUUUAGAGUCACAUGAAUCUCCCUUCAGUAGUCAGCAAACUUAUUUGCAAACAGAUAGUCUCAGUAAGCUGAAUGAUUUUUUAAAGACCAAAGGAAUUCAGCCUUUAGUUUUGCCACAACAUGCCUGGGGAACAUAUAGUCAGAAAACAAAGAAAUCAUUUGUAAAUAAACUGUUUUCUUGUUUCACUGCCGUAACUGAAACAAUGUUUCCAAAUGAAAGUGAUGAAAUUCUUCAAGAAAUUCUGAAGGCUUCUGAAGUGAUUGAUAAGGAAACUGAUGUGAAUUCUGAUGCUGAGUUAUGUCAAGCUUUGGUUGAAUCUUACAAGGUUACAGAUUCCUGGCAAGUGAGAAGACAGAUUCUAUCAGUAAUUUGUCAAAAACUAAGUUUUAAAAACACAUGUGAACUUAUAGAUGGUUUGACAGAAUACCGCUAUUAUACAGCUAAAAAGCAUGCCAGUGUACAAGGUUGUGCAUUACCACCAGCACAGGGCAACAAAAGCAGGCAGAGAAUGGAUCCAGCUAAGUUAGAUAACUUCUUGGAUUUCAUCACAUCGUCUCAUAUCAUAAAGGAUCUGCCUUUUGGAGAGAGAAAACUGAAGCUAGCUGAUGGAAGAUCAGUUGAUACACCAAAUGUAAUCCGAUGCAUGGCACCAGCAGCAAUUAUCGACCAGUUUAAGCUGUACUGUAGUGAGAAUGAAGUGACCCCAUUAGGUGAUAGUACCAUGUUCAAAAUUCUUUCGGAAUGUGCUGCAACAGUAAGAAAAUCCUUGGAAGGUCUUGACUAUUACAUUGCUGAAGGCGUUAGGGCUUUUCAGGACAUACAGAAAUUUUUAGAGGAACUGAGACGAACUGGGGAUUUAUCAGUAGAAGUAUUCAAGCGUCAUAUGGAUGUCCUUCUAGAGUGCAAGAGAUACCUGAAAACUGAUUACAAGGUUCAUAUAUCUAGUCAGUCUACAGUACCAGAUCACUGCAAAGUUUUUGCAUUGUCAGAUAAUAAAGACCAGAGUUUCAAAUCAAAAUGUUUGCAUGAACAUGACAGUGUUUGCCAAAACUGUGAACAAGUCACUGAGUUUCUUAGUUCUGUCACACAUUUGGUUGAAGAGGAAACUAUAGAAAAUCAAGAUAUAUAUAGAUACAAAGUAAAUCAGGCAGUCACUAGCAUCAACAGCUGGAAGCAGCACAUUGUAAGAUCUAGGAAUCAAGAUGGUGCUAAAUCUAAACUACUAGAAAAUAUGUUAACUUCUGAGGUAUUCCUAGUAUUUGAUUGGGCAAUGAAAUAUCUACCCAGAAGGUACCGUGAGGAUCAAAGCAACUGGUUUGCUAAGAGGGGUAUUAAUUGGCACAUUAGUAUAGUGUUUCACAAAACAGAAAAUGAUUUAGAAAGUCUUGGAUUUGUCCACAUAUUUCAAAAUCAAAUAUCACAGGAUUCCCGUACUACCAGUGCUGUCAUCUUAGACACAAUCAGAAGUGUUAAAGAAAAAUAUCCACAGAUGGAUGGAUUGCAUUUAUGGUCUGACAAUGCAGGAUGUUAUAAAAGCACUGAAACAAUCAGUGCACUGUUCCAUAGCGGAGAAAUUACAUCAUAUAACUUUUGUGAAGCACAGGAUGGUAAAGGUGCUUGUGAUCGCACUGCUGCUACACUAAAGUCUGGAAUAAGACGGUACCUUAACCAGGGUCAUGAUGUUGUGACUGCAUCACAAAUGAAGACAGCAAUAGAAACAACUGCCAAGAAUAUUAAAUAUGUGGUAAAAGUAGUCGACUUCAAAGAUCUGGUUCCAGUUAGUGUUGCUGUGAAGAUGAACAUUCCAUCUUUAUCUACAUAUAAUAACUUCCAGUUUGAGAAAGAUUUCAUACGAGUAUGGAGGCAUUUUAACAUUGGCAAUGGAAAAAUAAUCAAGAAGCCUGAAGGUUUUUCUGUGAUGCUUCCCGCACUGCAAGUUGUUGAGCCAUCAACACAUGAUGUCACCUUUCACAGUUUGACACCAUCAACAAAAAAAAGUGGAAAGAGCGAAGAUGUGUUUGUAUGCUCAAAUGAUGGUUGCAUGGCCUCAUUUUCUACAUAUGAGGAAUGUCAGGACCAUGCAAUAAUUGAUAAUUGUGAACUACAGCCAGAGAAAAAAAUCAAAGUUGAAGCUGUAAAUCUUUACGUUGAAAAAUUAAAUAAAUCCCAUUUUAAUUUGAAUAACAUCGAAAUUGCCUCAACAACAUCACAAUCAGUUUCUCCAAAUGUAUUGCAGAUGGGCUGGUCUUUGAAGGAAGGAAGAAAAAAUGUGCGAUUUAACGAAAAGCAAAAGCAAUUCCUUAUUGACAAAUUUAACAAUGGUUUAGUAAGUGGUCACAAAGAAGAUCCUGAAAAUGUUUCAGAAGCAAUGAAAUUUUCUACAAACCCAGAUGGAAGUAAAAUGUUUAGAAUGGAGGAAUUUCUAACCCCUCAACAGAUAAUGAGCUUUUUUUCACGUCAUGCAAGAAAAAGUGAUGCUGCUAGGGAGCUGGUUAUUUCAGAACUACAGCAAAAUUUGCAAUAACAAUUUUAAUUAACUUUUACUUACUUUACUAUGGCUGUUUCAUUAUGUAAAAUAUACAAAAUAUCUGGGGGAUUUUUCCUUGUAGAAAAUAGAUGAACCAA